AGAGAAGAACAUGGUGCAGUCGUUUGGUCCGAGGAUGCGGCGGCGUCACUGCGGAAGUCAACCAUGUCGUUUUGCCGCAGGAGCACUGGGCACUGCCCGUGGUGUGAUAUCACUCGUGAUCCCCAGCAUGCUUGAAUCGAUCCCGCGAUCUAUUAGUAAAUCAUUCUGCCCUGGCGUUGCAGAGUGGACGAAAAACAAAUAUGUAGAGAAAAAAAGGAAAAAUACAAGGAAGCGUAAGAACA